ACAAACAGACAUAUUUACAAAUAAAAAGUAUUUUGCGAAGGUAAUAAUGGCUCUUUAGACACAAGAUACAAUAUGAAUCGAAGGAGUUGCACGAUAUUAGGAACCGAGCAUGCAGGAGAUGAUACAAAAUAAAGCAUUUCUGAAAAUGUUUGAAAUGUAAAACCUACCUUCGACUAAAUAUGCUUUAUUUGAAAAAUGUAAGUUCCUUCUCUUGCGCAAUAAAAAGACUAGCAUCUGAUUUGGAAUAUAAAAAUAUAAAACAAUCAAUGAAGAUUCAAAAUCCUGUUGAGGUUUCUUGUUAACUAUAAAAGACACAAUGCAAAAUGAUUUAAGCUCAAAUUGUAUUUGUCUGUCGCACGCGCGAGUUUGAUGUCACUGAGCGUCUCGCUGUGCGGUUGGCAUGGUAACAUCCAGAGACACGUAAUGGCGGCUUUAAAAUGAGUGGGAGAUCAAGCUGUACGGUCACCACGACCCCAUCGGCUGGCUCCACAAGUCGUCCGUUUUUUUAAAUUGUUUUGCAGGUGAGCGCCCGUCAUUCUGAUUUCCCUGUUUUCUAGAAUGCAUCGGCUGCAUAUUUGAUGAAAUAAAACGUAAAAUAAGGGUUGCCUGCAGGCUGUGGUUUGAGUAGAUUGACCCGCAUUGUAAACUACAUAAUCGGCUAUUAUCCGAACAAUUGUUUUUUUUUUAAUUCUGCCCAUCUUUUUCUGCAAGAAAUUCAAUUUUUCCUUUGUGUAACACUACAGGCUAACAACUAGUUUUCAUGCUCCGGUCAAUUUUGACAUUCUGCUUCCUGCACAUAGGACUAGAGGGGAAAGAAAACAUCCAAAAUACACAUUAUGCUGUUAUUUUUACUACUUUGUCUAUUUGCAUCUGUAGAUUUCUCCUAAAUUCAGCCACAGUUACCAUUAAAUAACGCCUAAUUUGCAUAUUUAAACAUGACAUUUCAGCAGAAAGUAUUCGUCUCAACGUGGGUGAUCGACUGGGGAAGUUUCGUGGCGACAUCGAACACCGACUGCAACUUCUGGAUGUCAACAAGAUGAAGAAGAUGUUUGAAUCCAGCUGCAGACGUUUCACAUUUUACCUCCAUGAUUACAGGCAGUGUAAAGCUCUGCUACCUCUCUCUCUCGCUCUCACAUAAAUACUCUCAGAGUAGUAUGACCCCUCUCUCCUCCGACCCCCCUCCCCUCACCAGUGAUGGUGGUCUAUAACAGGGCUUUCAUCUGAGACCUGCAGAGAUCAGAACAGCAUCCCAUCUCUGACCGACACGAGACUAAACCUUCCAGAGCAGACAGAGAACACAGGAUACUCCUGGCUCUGACCGGUGAAGAUGUCCGUAGAACCAGCAGCCCACCGUGGUCCGGACUGCGGGUCGGCGUGCAACGAGUCGACAGCCACGGCGGGCCGCCAGGGGCCGCCGGCAUUGGUCGAUGCCUGGCUGGUCCCCACCUUCUUCUGCCUCAUCAUGCUGGUCGGCCUGGUGGGGAACUCGCUGGUCAUCCACGUGGUCACCAAGCACCAGCAGAUGAAGACUGUCACCAACUUCUACAUCGUGAACCUAGCUACCACCGACAUCUUGUUCCUUGUCUGCUGCGUGCCCUUCACUGCCACGCUCUACCCGCUGCCCAGCUGGGUCUUUGGAGAGUUUAUGUGCCGACUGGUGAACUACCUUCAGCAGGUGACCGCUCAGGCGACGUGCAUCACUCUGUCCGCUAUGAGCGUGGACCGCUGCUACGUGACCGUCUACCCUCUGCAGUCACUGCGCCGACGCACCCCGCGCAUGGCGCUGGCCAUCUCCGUGUCCAUCUGGAUAGGCUCCCUGCUUCUGUCGAUCCCCGUCGCCGUGUACCAGCGCCUGGAGGCGGGUGACUGGUUUGGACCCCAGACGUACUGCAGCGAGGUCUUCCCCUCGGCCCGCCUCCAGAGAGCCUUCAUCAUCUACAGCUUCCUGUCCGUCUACCUGCUGCCCCUGCUCACCAUCAGCGCCUGUUACGCCUUCAUGCUCAAGCGCAUGGGGCAGGCUGGCGUGGAUCCCAUCGACAGCAGCCACCAAGUAAGAGUUGCUUUGCUACAUCCGUGCGUGUUGAAUCCACAGAGGGCCGAAUGUGAUUCCCUGACUCCAGCUCCAGGCUCAGGUGGAACGAGCGGCGGCGGUGCAGGCGCGAGUCUCCCGGAUGGUGGUGGUGAUGGUGGCCCUGUUUCUCAUCUGCUGGGGCCCGAUCCAGGUCUGCAUCCUCCUCCAAGCUUUUGGCCUCCGCAGUUACGUUCUGUACAAGCUGAGGAUUUGGGGUCACUGCAUGUCUUACUCCAACUCCUCCGUCAACCCGCUGGUCUACGCCUUCCUGGGCAACAACUUCAGAAAGGCCUUCAAGCACGCCUUCCCCGCCAUAUUUCUGUGGCGCAUGAGGGGGAGAGUCAGGGUGGGAAACAUGGACCCAGAGGAUCGGGGAGAUGUGGAUCGCCCGACACCCAAAGGAGAAGCAGAGAUGCUCUUUCUUUCAUCUGGGUCCUGAAGGUCACGCUGGGCAUUCGGACACUGUGAGCUCAUUGUUCAUUUAUGGUUUGUUCUGGAGACAAGAGCGCACGCACGCACGCACGCACGCACGCACGCA